AUGGAUAAAGGCGAUGUUGUGCGCCUCGGACCAAGUGAACUCUCCUUCUGCUCCAUCAGUGCCCACGACACCAUCUAUAACGCGAACUGCGCAUCCUUCGUCACAUAUGGAGCGUUCGAGUCGACCGUCGAGGGUCUCUCCCCACCGGGAGUUACCUUCGUAAGCUAUCGCAGCCCAGCGGAGCAGAAAGAGUUGCGGAAAGUCUUCCACCCAGCCAUCCGUCUCGCAGUCACGGGCGGUGUUGAGGGCCACCACGAGAGACGAUUUAGUGAGCUCGUGGCCGGGUUAAACAUCAAGCCGGGCACCCCCAUAUGUGUCAAUCUCACCGGUCUCCUCGAACAGUUGGAAUGGGCCCUCAUAGGUGAUGUGGGACUGGGCUACCCCGUGCCGGAAAGCAUGAAAGACAAUUGGAUCGGCCUAAAAUCUCACCAAAACCUGAUCGGGGUCGCCUUCGCGCUGGGUUCGUUCCUUCUGAGCCGGCGCGGACUCAAGAUGCUCAUUGAUAAAUUUGGCUUUCUGUGGAUACCAAAAUUCCUAGAUCCGGCACACCUAUCUGGUGUUGCACUGAAGCAGCGAGCUGAAGGCACGAACACGUUCGUUUCCCAAGCAAUACCAUAUAAGAACGACAAGUACCCUCGAUUGGCCGAGCAGAUGUCUAGCAACGUCACUGGCCUGAUUUAUGCGUCUUUCGAAACAUCCGAGUCCUCCACCCGGGCAAUCCUAUGUGCCCUUUUGCGAGAUCCUGUGCGCUACCGCACUCUGCAACAGGAGAUCCGGUCAAAUUUCUCAGCCAGCAAGCCCAUCACCGACAGCCAACUCCUAGAGCUUCCAUACCUCACUGCCUGCAUCAACGAGGGCUUGCGACUAUGGCCCGGCCUGAACGGGCAAUUCACCAGUCGGAUUUCGACAGGCGCGGUGGUAGACGGUGUUUACGUUCCCCCUGGAUGCUUAGUCUCGGUGGAUCUGUACACUCUCCAGCGCCACCCAAGAUAUUGGCACGAACCGGAUACCUUCAAGCCCGAACGCUGGUUGGACCCCAAGAAUCCAGACGAGAAGCGCGCCUUCCGGCCAUUUUCCAUAGGACCCCGCUCGUGCCUGGGCCGGCAGAUCGCGCUGCAGAAGCUUCGCCUCACCAUCGCCAAAUUCAUGUUUUUGUUCGAUAUGCAGUUUGUCAAUCCACAUUUCGAGUGGGACCGAGAUGUGCCCUCGGGUCUCUUGUGGAGCUCUGUCGAGGUCAUGGUGCGGAUGUCGCUUCUAGAACCGCCAGCGGAAGCCUGA